AAGAUAAAACUGAUAUUUUCCUUAUGUCGUUAUGUCGCUAGUGUGAACCAGGCUUAACAGGGCUACAAAUGAAUAUCGAGUCCUCGUGCAAAACCUUUCAUAUGAAAAUGAGUCCAUUUACAUAAAAAUGACCAAAAAUGAACCUGUACGUAGGGGAACACAUUUUUCACGAAGGCUUGUUUUAACAAGAAGGAUAGUUCAAUGUCCUGCACACCCGAAUUUAAUAGCAGAAAAAAUUCGAUUACAUGUGAGAAAAAAGGGAAAUAUUCAUACUUCUGAUGUUCAGAUUUUUCUGUUAAAAUGGAAAGAAUUAGUAAAGAAAAGAGGGUCACCGGUCAUCUGUGAGAAUAAACCGCAGGCGAGGGUUUCGCAACCGGUACCAAGCCCUUUACUUAGCGCGUGCGCUCGGUCAUGACCCGGCAAGAAUUGGCGAGACUUUUUUUUUCUAUAUUUUUGUGUUGUUGUUGUUGUUUUUCUUGUUAGGGAAACGAAAUUAGACGCAAUUUUUGCUGUUUGCCGUAAAAGCCAUUCCUUAGAAAUUCUCUGUAAUUGGAACCUAGCGCAAAAAGUUCCCGCCAGUUUGACGUGCCGCUGUUAAAAUUCAAAUGGUUGCCUAGCGACAUACGUCAAUUUGACGUGUGCUUGACGUGUGAAACGAGUAAAUUUGCGAGCGCACUACUUUUCGUCAUCAUUUUUCGUUGGUCUUCUUGAGAAGGGUCGUUACUUCUUCUACGAGAAAACUUUGAGAAAUUCUUCACCGUUUAGGGCAAGAAAUCUAUCUUCGAAGCAUAAUAGUCGACAAUGCGUGAGUGCAUCUCAGUUCACGUUGGACAGGCCGGAGUGCAGAUUGGCAAUGCUUGUUGGGAAUUGUAUUGCUUGGAGCAUGGAAUUCAGCCUGAUGGCCAAAUGCCGAGCGACAAGACCAUUGGAGGCGGAGACGAUUCUUUCAACACCUUUUUCAGCGAAACCGGAGCAGGAAAGCAUGUUCCUCGCGCCGUUUUUGUUGAUUUGGAACCAACGGUAGUAGAUGAGGUCCGCACUGGUACAUACCGGCAGCUAUUUCAUCCUGAACAGUUGAUCACUGGCAAAGAGGAUGCUGCUAACAACUAUGCUCGUGGUCAUUACACCAUUGGCAAGGAAAUCAUCGACCUUGUUCUUGACAGGAUUCGCAAGCUGGCUGAUCAAUGUACUGGAUUGCAAGGCUUCCUCAUCUUCCAUUCCUUUGGAGGUGGUACUGGGUCUGGUUUUACUUCUCUGCUGAUGGAACGCCUGUCAGUUGACUAUGGCAAGAAAUCCAAGCUCGAGUUUGCCAUCUACCCUGCCCCACAAAUAGCAACAGCUGUCGUGGAACCUUACAAUUCCAUUCUUACCACCCACACUACACUGGAGCACUCCGACUGUGCUUUUAUGGUGGACAAUGAAGCCAUCUAUGACAUCUGUCGCAGAAACUUAGACAUUGAGAGGCCCACUUACACCAACUUGAACCGACUGAUCGGACAGAUCGUGUCUUCGAUCACAGCUUCACUUCGAUUUGAUGGUGCCCUGAAUGUUGACUUGACUGAAUUCCAGACCAACUUGGUACCUUAUCCACGAAUUCACUUCCCUCUGGCUACAUAUGCACCUGUUAUCUCUGCUGAGAAGGCCUACCAUGAGCAACUCAGUGUGGCUGAGAUCACCAAUGCUUGCUUUGAACCAGCAAACCAGAUGGUAAAGUGUGAUCCUCGUCAUGGCAAGUACAUGGCAUGCUGUUUGCUGUAUCGAGGUGAUGUUGUACCCAAAGAUGUCAAUGCUGCCAUUGCCACCAUCAAGACUAAGAGGACUAUUCAGUUUGUGGACUGGUGUCCAACUGGAUUUAAGGUUGGCAUCAACUACCAGCCACCCACAGUUGUUCCAGGUGGUGAUCUUGCCAAGGUGCAACGUGCAGUGUGCAUGCUGAGCAACACCACAGCUAUUGCCGAGGCCUGGGCACGUCUGGAUCAUAAGUUUGAUCUGAUGUACGCCAAACGUGCAUUUGUCCACUGGUACGUGGGUGAGGGUAUGGAGGAAGGCGAGUUCUCCGAAGCUCGUGAAGAUCUGGCUGCUCUGGAGAAGGACUAUGAAGAAGUGGGCGUGGAUUCUGUCGAUGCUGAAGGUGAAGAGGAGGGAGAAGAAUACUAAACCCUGUAAACUGGUCUGACUUGACUUUCGUUUAUUGAUUUUGUUUUACAUGGCUUGACAUUUAAAUAAAACUUUGACGUUAUAUUUUCAUCUGAGAGUGACGGUGGUUGCAUUAUUUCUACCCUAGGAAGUGGUUAUAACCUGUCAUGUAUUUAGAACGGUCAAAGGUUUGUUGAAAGUAGAAACUAGAUUUGCUUUUUAGGAGUCGAGAACUCAAAGGGCGGUUGUGAAAAUUGCUUGAACCCAUUGCAUUAUAGCUAGACAAAAUUAGAAAAUAUAACCGAACAUUUGAAAACACCAACGCAUGCACAGUUCAACACGCCAGGAUUAGAAAAUAACCCGAGAAUGAAGUUUAUUGUUUAGUUUUUAUUCGUAUUGCAAACAAGGAAACAUUUUUUAUGUUAGCAAACUGUUUUUGAAAAGAUACAGACGAUAGAAACAUUUCUUAUUGGAAACAAAAUUGGCUUUUUCCAACAAAUGUGUAUGCGCAAUACGGGUUCGCAAUACGUGAUACAUUUAGGGAGAUGUUUCCGCAACGAUAUAUCCUACAAUUUUUCAAAACGACAGGCCUUUUUUGACCACAUUUCCAAACACCAGGAAGAGAGUUGAAAAUACGACGCGUAGCAGAGUAUUUUUGACCUACUUCGAGGUGUCUCCCACGUGCUUUUUUGACAUGACAAAUCUUUACAAACCCCUCCCCCGGUUCGCAGUUUUUCUUGCACGUUCCAAGUCGCCCGAUCUCCGCACGGAAAAAAAAUAUCGCGAGUGAAUACCUGAAGCGUUUUAGCGAGAUUCCGCGUUUAAAAUUGAGAGCUAGGGAAGGAUUUUGUAAAGAUUUGUUGUGUCAAAAAACAUCAGUGGGAGAUGGAGGGGAGCUUGAGCGCGCGCUGGGUGACGCGAUUGGUACCGGUUCAACGGUACGAUCAUGUUGCGAAAAUGGCCAACCGGCCAGUAAAACAACUACCUGACACAACGUUUUCACAUCUGUGGGUUGAUUUUCUAAGGCCCUCUCCACACUACGCCGGACGAAUUUGAAAACGGAGCUUAAAUUUUACGGUUAGGCCUGCCCUCCACACUAAUCCGUCACGAAAACGGAGCUUUACGAAAACGCUCUCAGGUUUUGUGUUUUAGCAUGGACGAAAAACAUUUCAGUUGAAAACGGAGUUUGCGAAAACGACGACAACGCGAUAAUCAUGCGAUUUCCCUGUCCAAGUUUUCCUCAAACACAAAUCCAAAAUGACCGGUGAUUGUUGGGUUUUCGAAUUUCUCCGGUAUAGCGUCAGUGGAUGUGUCGUCACAGGUCACAUCCACCAUCCCAGUCUCGGCCGAGCGGAGAUGACAACAAACUGAUCAACUUAGCGUGGUCACGCAUCAAUUUACGCUAUUUUGGCCGUCAUAUUUCAACUUUUUGGCUCUUUUUGUGUGCAAAUUUGACUCGUUUCCGAAGAGUGUUUUGUCGUCAAACUGGCCGAAGUUGCCUACCUUGUCUCUUAUUAUAACACCUUAGGGCAAAUUUUUCAAAAUUCGUUCCAAUCUCAUUUUAACCCUCCAGGAUGAGAGAAAAUGACACCAUUGAAUGUUCAAGAGUCGUUAUUCGGUAGAUUACCCAUACAUUGAACGAA